UUCUUCGAUUGCAUCGCCCUGAACAAUCACUUCUCUCGAUUUUCCGACGGCUUUACCCUAUAACCCAAAAAUGGUUUUUGGGCAAGUGGUGAUCGGCCCGCCCGGGUCAGGGAAGACCACUUACUGCAAUGGUAUGUCUCAGUUCCUCCAGCUCAUCGGAAGGAAAGUUGCAGUUGUCAAUUUGGAUCCUGCCAACGAUGCAUUGCCGUAUGAAUGUGCUGUGAACAUUGAGGAUCUUAUAAAGCUCAGUGAUGUGAUGGUGGAGCACUCUCUUGGUCCCAAUGGAGGUCUUGUAUAUUGCAUGGAUUAUCUAGAGAAGAAUAUUGACUGGUUGGAGGCGAAGUUGAAACCUCUUAUGAAAGAUCAUUAUAUUCUCUUUGAUCUCCCCGGCCAAGUGGAACUAUUCUUUCUUCACUCCAACGCCAAGAAUGUUAUCAUGAAGCUCGUAAAGAAGUUAAACCUCAGGUUGACCGCUGUGCAUUUGGUUGAUGCCCAUCUUUGCAGUGAUCCUGGAAAGUAUGUUAGCACAUUGAUUCUCUCUUUAUCAACCAUGCUUCAUAUGGAACUCCCUCACAUAAAUGUCUUGUCUAAGAUUGAUCUAAUAGAGAGUUACGGAAAGCUAGCUUUCAACCUUGAUUUCUUCACAGAUGUAGAGGAUUUAUCUUAUCUUCAGUACAAGCUUGAUCAGGAUCCUCGUUCAGCUAAGUACAGAAAGCUUACUAAGGAGCUUUGUGAAGUAGUUGAAGAUUACAGUCUUGUCAAUUUUGCAACCUUAGAUAUCCAGGAUAAAGAGAGUGUAGGGAAUCUAGUUAAACUGAUAGACAAGAGCAAUGGGUACAUUUUUGCUGGUAUAGACGCGAGUGCAGUAGAAUUCAGCAAGAUUGCAGUCGGUCCUGUUGAUUGGGAUUAUUACAGAGUUGCAGCAGUGCAAGAGAAGUACAUGAAAGAUGAUGAAACUUUUGACGACGACAAUGAACAGCCGGGAGACUGAUAAUAUGUAUGUAUGAGAGAAUGAUGCUUGUCUAGUCCAUCUUAGUUUGUUGGUCGUAUGCUUCAGAAGUUCAUGACUGUUCCCUCACUGACUUCAGAUCCGAAGAAUUCUCAACGUCAUGGAUACUUUAUGCCGACAAGAUCAGGCAACUCCCCGCUAAAGUGACUAUUUUUGUAUGAUUUAUAUACUGUUUAGUCAUGCCGGAUUAUUUAUACAAAUAUGUUACUUGCGUAGAACUGUUUACAAAAGAGAUUGAGCAUAUGAUGAUGUGGGUUUGAUAACAAAACUGUGGUUUAACGGCGUAGAUUGAGUUUUUAUGUCGAUGAUCUGUUUAAGAACUCAAUAAUCAUGCUGGCUUUUGUCGACGUA